UUGAGCAAAAUGGGGCAUGCCACUACUGCCGAGUCAACUUCACGAGGACUCCAAAUUCGAAUUACUCUACCCAAAAGAUCGGCCCCGAGGAAAUGUAGGUUGAUGGACACUAUAAAUAUGAGGAGAGGCCAACCCACUUGUUAGAGCUCGUCUCAAAAUCACAAAACAAGUUUUAAGCAAGCGAGGGCCUCUGAUUUCACAAAAACAUAUACCUAGCUAGCUAGUUCUAUUAAGUCAGCAAAAAUAUACAUACAUAUAACACAAAGAGAGGAAGAGAGAGUGUAUAGUCAGUCUAUAGAGAAGAGAUACAGAAAGUUGACGAGAAACAAAAAUGAAAUUGAGAGGAGAUUCCAUGUCUGAGGCUGAGGCUGUGGUGGAGGAUAUGUCUGUUGAUUGGAGAGGCAGACCCUGCAAGCCUACCAAGCACGGUGGAAUGAGGGCCGCUGUUUUUGUCCUUGGUCUCCAAGGUUUUGAGAUGAUGGCAAUAGCCGCUGUUGGGAACAAUCUGAUUACCUAUGUAUUAAAUGAGAUGCACUUUUCACUGUCAAAGUCUGCAAACAUUGUCACAAACUUUAUAGGGACAGUCUUCCUCCUCUCCCUCUUUGGUGGGUACCUCUCAGAUUCCUAUCUUGGGAGCUUCUGGACCAUGAUCAUCUUUGGCUUUGUGGAGUUGUCUGGUUUUAUAUUACUCUGUGUUCAAGCCCAUCUCCCAGAAUUAAGGCCACCCCCUUGCAAGAUUAUGUCCCAUGAGUACUGUCCUGAGGCAAAGGGGUACAAGGCUCUGAUAUUCUUUGCUGCAAUAUAUCUGGUGGCCUUAGGAAGUGGUUGUCUAAAACCAAACAUAAUCUCUCAUGGGGCUGACCAAUUCAGGAGGGAUGAUUCCAAGCAAUCCAAGAAGUUAUCGUCUUACUUCAAUUGCGCCUACUUCGCCUUCUGCAUCGGAGAACUUAUUGCAUUGACUGUUCUUGUUUGGGUCCAAACACACUCUGGAAUGGAUGUUGGCUUUGGAGUGUCUGCAGCUGCCAUGGCAAUGGGAUUAAUUUGCUUGACUUUCGGUACACCUCUCUACAGGAACAAGCCCCCUCGCGGAAGUAUUUUCACUCCAAUUGCUCAGGUCUUUGUUGCUGCGUUUACAAAGAGAAAGCAAAUCUGUCCUUCCAAUACAGAAAUGCUUCAUGGAAACCAAAACAAUGUGCCAAACCACCUCUUCGUUCCAAUGUCGCCUAACAUCAGCCCUCUCCUCCAUACUGAAAAGUUCAGAUUCCUAGACAAGGCAUGCAUCAAAAUUGAAGAUGGAACUCAGAGGAACGAAAGUCCCUGGAGAUUAUGCACCGUGGCUCAAGUGGAGCAAGUCAAAAUAAUCAUCUCUGUGGUGCCCAUUUUUGCUUGUACCAUCAUCUUCAACACCAUUUUAGCUCAACUCCAGACAUUCUCAGUCCAGCAAGCAACUGCCAUGAACACUAGGAUCACAAGAGGCUUCAAAAUUCCCCCAGCUUCACUUCAAGCCAUCCCUUACAUUAUGCUUAUAUUUGUUGUCCCUCUCUAUGAAAUUGUCUUUGUACCUGCUGCACGAAAACUCACUGGAAGGGACUCUGGGAUCUCACCUUUGCAAAGAGUUGGCACUGGCCUCUUUAUUGCUACGUUUUCCAUGGUCUCCGCUGCACUAAUUGAGCAAAAGAGAAGAAACUUGGCCUUGUCUUCGAACGAACCGCUUUCUAUCUUUUGGAUUGCACCCCAGUUUCUCAUCUUUGGCCUCUCAGAGAUGUUCACCGCAGUGGGACUUAUAGAGUUCUUCUACAAGCAGUCAUUGGAAGGGAUGCAAUCCUUUCUAACUGCCAUGACAUACUGUUCAUACUCAUUUGGCUUCUAUUUGAGCUCCAUCCUUGUUUCUCUGGUGAACAAGCUCACCUCAACUUCUUCAAGGGGAGGCUGGCUUAGUGACAAUGAUCUCAACAGGGAUAGGCUAGACCGUUUCUAUUGGUUGCUUGCUGCCCUCAGCCUCAUCAACUUCUUCAAUUACCUUUUCUGGUCAAAUUGGUAUUCUUACAACCCGUCUUUAUCACUCCCUUCAUCACCAAAACAGUCCUACGGAAAAGACUUGGAAAGCAAUAACUUCAACCCAUCAAAGCAUGUUGAAGCUCACAAUAUUAAAACUUGAAGCUGACGCCGUUCAUCUCUCUUAUAAAUUUUUCUUGACCUAGCUAGACCCCUCUUUUGCUUAUUAAUGCUCUUAGAUAUGUACAAAAAUUAAAAGACAAAUCUCCUCAAGUAAAUGGUACCUCUAGAUAGAUACCCUUAAUUAGUGCAUGCUAGGUUGUUAAUUAAUAUAUAUAUUAUGACUGUGUAAGACGGACCAGUCUAGAGAGAGUCAGCCAAGUCUUGGAAUUGAUAUUGCCAAGAAUGUGUGAGGAAAAUAGGUCUAAACCCAUCAACCACAAGGUUCAAUGAACCCUCCUGCUUCUCUCCACCUUUUUCUUCAAUGCUUCUUUCUGUUGAUCAUGUGAAGGGGAGGGGUCUAAAUGUUUCUUUUGGGAGGAAAAAGUAGGAUGUAAGUGGUGGGGUUUGUUGCUUUAUGCUUUGGUUAGUUAAAAGAAGAGUCUUUUUUCACAAAAGCAAAGCUAAUCUAGCUAUGGUGAUGUAACUCAUACAUAUUCAUGGAUGGAUGUGUUAGAUAUGUAUAUAUUAUUAUUGCUUGUAACUUGUAAGCAUUUUCAUAAGCUUAAAAAUGGAAAACACUUUUGACUCUUUCUGGGGUCCUAGGGAUAAUGUGUUUGCUGUGCUCUUGUCUCUUUCUCUAGCACUUUCACCUUAAGAAUGAAACAUGUCUCAUACAUGUCUUGUGUUGGAAAUUCAUUAUUAUCUUCCUACCACUACUGGCUUUGAGAGUCGGAGUGUAGCAUUUCAACAUGAUUUUAACUUUUUAUGUUUCAUUAAAGACUCUAAGGGUCCCCAUGAGUAGCCAUCUUUACCAGCAAACUUGUCCCCCAUGCUUACUUACUGCUUACCCCUCUCCAAAUGUUAUGAGUAAAUCAUGGGUUAAGCAAGUAGAUCAUCAUCGCUCUGAUGAUAUUGAUAGCUUAGCGGUGAUUACCAACUGGUGAUUCAGAUUCAGCCUAAGGGUUUACCGACAUGCAACUGGUGAUUCGUAUUUGACUCCAAUAACUGUGACCAACUUACUUUUUUUUCUGUCCCGUUAUACCCUAAAUUAAUAUUCCACAUAAGGGCUGAAUGAUACAUACAUACAUACAUAUAUUAUUUUCCUAAUAAAGUUUCGAUUUCCAAAGCAUUCAAAUACAUUUCAUGUUCUCUUAACUAACACAUUACUGACCAAUGGAGAAUCCAAGAACUUUUCUUUGUCAGGGUGGAAAAAUAUAUCACCUGGCUACGUACCUCAAACUCUUUGGGGCAUUUCUUCGAGCAGCUUGCCUUCGUCAUAACAAGAAGCAUAUCAAUGCAUCAACCUUUCAUUCACAGCGAAAUAGAGUAAACCAAAAAUUACUUUUGAGUGUCCACAGAAUCACAUUACCCACAUGGGUUCUGAAAUCAUUUAUGAGCCUGAUCGUCCAUGUUAUUCAAAUGGGCUUCAAAAUAAUCAGGCCGAGCCCAUUUCAGUAUAACCUUUUUUUUCUUU